UGACAGUCUGGGAAGUAGUUCGCUGUGCGCGCCCAGUGGGAAGGUGAUGGCGGUGCAGCUUUGUGCUCUGCAGGGUGAUAAUCCCAGCAGAGAUGGGCUGAUCUUUUGAGUUCCAGGCUAGUGACGUGUGUUCUGCUUGCAUGUAUGCCUGCAUGCCAGAAGAGGGUACCAGAUCUCAGAUGAGUCACCAUAUGGUUCCUGGGAACUGAACUCAGAACCUCUGGAAGAAUAACCAGUACUCUUAAUCUCUGAGUCAUCUCUCCAGCCCUGAUUUAAAGCUUUAAGGAUCCACUCUGGCUACUCCGAUCCUAGCGGAGGAGGAUCUUAACGUCCGGAGCAUCCCUGGGCCAGUGAGCAGGCAAGCCUGAGCUGCAUAGUAAGAGACUAUUUCAAAAAAGCCCAAGACAAAAAACUAAGCCUGGAGCGGUGGCAUAGCCAGUAAUCCAGCCCUUGGGAGACCCAGAGCAGAGUCAGGAGUUUAAAGUCAUCAUCCAUUAUCUACUAUGUAGAGAGUUCAAGGACAGCCUGGGUCACUUUAAAGUUUAAAGUAACGAAGCGACGUUUUUCUUAUUGGACCAGUGUCUCCUCCCAGGUCCAUACUAUGGGAAACAAAAAGCCUCUCAGGAGUUUUGGACGACGUUCACUCCCAGUUUUUUUUUUUUUUUUUUUUUUUUAAUUGCUCGGCUUGGUAGGAGUCCGGCCGCUGCUGAAAACUUCCGUUGCUCUCAUUGGUUCUCAGACCUCAGGCCCCGCCUCCUCUCGGAUGGACCAAUUGAGGCGCGAGUUGUGGUUUAAACCGCGCGGUGUGAGGGGUCGUUGGUGGCGCAGUCUUGGAGUAAUCCAGCAUGGCUACUCUAAUCUUUGUUGAUAAGGAUAAUGAAGAACCAGGCAGCCGUUUGGCAUCUAAGGAUGGCUUGAAGCUGGGCUCUGGUGCCAAGGCCUUAGAUGGGAAAUUACAGGUCUCGACACCACGUGUUGGCAAAGUGUUCAGUGCUCCAGCCUUGCCUAAGUCCAGCAGGAAGGCUUUGGGAACUGUCAACAGAGUUACAGAAAAGCUGGCGAGGACCAAUAGACCCCUCAAACAAAAACAGCCAACCUUGACUGUGAAGAAGAUCACGGAGAAGGCUGCUAAGACACAAGGCUCUGUUCCUGCUUCUGAUGAUGCCUACCCAGAAAUAGAAAACUUCUUCCCCUUCAAUCCUCUAGACUUUGAGAGUUUCGACCUGCCUGAGGAGCACCAGAUUGCACACCUCCCCUUGAGUGGCGUGCCUCUCAUGAUCCUGAACGAGGAGAAAGGGCUUGAGAAGCUGCUGCACCUGGACCCCCCUUCACCUCUGAAGACACCCUUUUUACCGUGGGAGUCUAAUCCAAUGCAGUCUCCUUCCAGCAUUCUCUCCACCCUGGAUAUUGAAUUGCCGCCUGUUUGUUACGAUGCAGAUAUUUAAACUUUUUAUUCCUUUAUAGUUUAUGUACAUUAUGUUAAUAAAGCAAUUGUGUGUGUGCAGAA